AUGCUCAUCACUUUCAACUUCUACCACAUUCCAUAUUGCCAUACAAACUAUUCCUUAACUGCUGAUGCUUUGACACAAAAUGACUAUGAUGACAUCUACGAGUCAGUAGUAGGUGAACUUAAUUAUUCCAUAACAGAGUCCUCCUCAAUUGGUGCUGGUGCUGCUACUGCAACCAUGUAUUCCUUUGAUUCCGUAGGAAAGUCCACUGUCAUUGGUGGUGGUGGCAGUGGAGGCGGCGGCAGCGGUGGUAUUGGCGGCGGCAGUGGCGGUGACGGCGGCACCGUCGGCGGCGAUGCUGGUGCGGCGGUGGCGACGGCGGUGGUGGCGGCUGGCGGUGGUCGUGGUGGCGGCGGGCGAAUUCAAUAUGACUCUUUAUUUCGUGUUGUUGGUGAGGCUUGGAGAAUUCAUCAAGAAACAGUGUUUGCAAUAACGGAAGGAAGGUCUCUGGCAGUGUCUGGUGACAGACGUUGUGAUAGCCCUGGUUUUUCUGCCAAUAAUGGCUCAUACACUGUCAUAGAAGAGAAAUCAAGAGUUCUUAUUUCUUUUCAACAUGUCUAA